AAAUAGGGAAAAUGCUUACCAAUGGAUGAACAAAUUGGGUUGUUUGAACACACAAUUACAUCUCAAUUGGCUACAAUCUUGAAUAAAACAGGAGAGCUCUCUCAAUACUUAUCAAAGUCUAUGUUUCUUAUAAGUAUUGGUGCUAAUGACUUUAUCCAAAACUAUUUUGAUCCUCUUUAUCUUUCAAGUAAACAAUAUAGUCACGCUCAAUUCGCUCAACUCUUGGUUGAUAAGUUUUCUCAACAACUUAAGAGGUUGUAUGAUGUAGGUGUUAGAAAGAUAAUCAUAAUGGACAUAGGUCCAAUCGGUUGUCUACCAACUUUUACAAGAGCUCACAAUGCAACAUGUGAUGAAGAUAUAAAUGAUGCCGUAUCUCAGUUCAACAAUCUCCUUUCUUCAACACUCCAAAAAUUGGCUUCCAACCUACCUAACUCUCAUUUUAUCCUUGGGCGUGGUUAUAAUACUUUCUAUGAUGCCGUAUUAAAUCCUGCUAAAUAUGGGAUUCUUGAUGUCAACAAUCCAUGUUGCACAACUUGGCUUAAUGGAAAGUUGGCAUGUGUUCCGAUGUUAGAUCCAUGUCCAGAUUCGAAUAAACAUUUAUUUUGGGAUGGAUAUCAUCCUACGGAAGAUGUCUAUCGUUAUUGGAUAUCUCAAUGCAUCCACGACUCUUCCUUUUGUUACCCAAUGAAUCUCGAGGAGCUUACAAGAGCGUAAUGGUUGAGAAUCGGGUCUUAAUCUCAGUUAGGGUAUAUAUUACUUUUUUCAUUAUAAUCGUAUGUUCAUUUCUCGCUCUCCUAUUUCUGGCUCUCUGAUUCUCUCAACAUAUCUCAGAAAAAGAAAAGAAAAAUGUGAAUUCUUAAUGACUACUUCUUAUUGUUGAUUUUGU